AUGUUCCGUCCAGCAGCUCCUCGAGCGGCUGCUCCUGGAUCUCAGGUAUCCAGCGAUAUCCCUAUCGACCAUGUAGGAGCCGGCAACUCAGACGCCGGGCCGUCUUCUUUGCCCGGUACCGAUUUGAGCCGCAUACCUCCAGCUGCUGGAGGUAGUGGAGAGACGAUGUGGCAGAAAAUGGUGGUUGACAACCCUUACUUCUCAGCCGGAGCUGGACUAAUGGGCAUCGGCGUAGUCCUCACCAUCCUCCGGCGGUCCACGACUCUCGCCGCCACAUUUGGCCAACGACGCCUACUCGUCACCCUCGAGAUCCCCUCCAAAGACCGGUCCUAUCCCUGGUUUCUCGAAUGGAUGGCCCAUCAGACCCCUCCCCCGCCUACUGCCCCUCAGUCCGCUGCGGCCCGCCUGGGUAGUGCAUGGAAAGGCAAGUCGCCGAUGAGUCUGCGGAGCCACGAGCUGGCGGUGGAGACGACGUACAAGCAGCAUGAAAAUGGGAGCUCGGAGGCUGUCUUCAACCUUGUCCCGGGACCGGGGACGCAUUAUUUCCGAUAUGGCGGAUCUUGGUUCCAGGUCAAGCGGGAGCGAGACGCCAAACUCAUGGACCUCCACUCUGGAACCCCCUGGGAAACACUUACCCUAACCACCCUCUCUUCCUCCCGACAUCUCUUCGCCGGACUACUCGCUGAAGCCCGCCAGCUCGCCGAGGCCAGUACAGAAGGCAAGACCGUCGUCUAUACCGCAUGGGGCGUGGAAUGGCGGCCUUUUGGAAAGCCUAGGCGAAGAAGGGAGAUGGGGUCGGUCGUGCUAGGUGAGGGAGUGGCGGAGCGGAUAGAGAGUGAUGUUAAGGGGUUCCUGGGUCGGGCGAAGUGGUAUGCUGAACGGGGUAUACCGUAUAGAAGGGGUUAUCUACUGCAUGGACCCCCCGGAUCAGGCAAGACGUCGUUCAUCCAAGCGCUGGCCGGAUCGCUCGGAUAUAAUAUCUGUCUCUUGAACCUCUCGGAAAGAGGGUUGACGGAUGAUAAGCUCAAUCACCUACUGGGAUUGGUUCCUGAUCGGAGCUUUGUGUUGCUGGAGGAUGUAGAUUCUGCGUUCAAUCGGAGAGAACAGACGACUGAGGAGGGGUUCAAAUCCUCCGUCACCUUCUCGGGACUUCUCAACGCCCUCGACGGGGUCGCAUCCUCGGAAGAGCGGAUCAUCUUUAUGACGACGAAUCACUACAAUAAGCUCGAUCCGGCGCUCAUCCGGCCCGGAAGAGUAGACAUCAAGGAGCAUCUAGGGGACGCAGCGGGCGAGCAGGCCAGAAGGCUCUUCGUCAAGUUCUACGGGCGGUCCAGGGUGGUCUCACCGGUCAAGUCCGCCGCGAGUACGACAGCGACAGAGGCGGGGGCGGAAAGUAAAGAAGAGAAGGCUGGAGUUUGGCGAGAAGGGGAAGAGGUGUUAGCGCAGGAAGAGGUGGAGCGGCUAGGGGCCGAGUUGGAGGCGGUGUUGCAGCAGCUCGGGAGGGAGGGCAAGGGAGUCAGUAUGGCGGCGCUACAGGGACAUUUCAUACGGUGUGGGGCGAGAGAAGCGGUAGCGAGUAUACCGGAUCUAGUGAGGGAUGGCGGAAGAUGA